AUGUCGCAGGAGCAGGAGAAACUCGACAUCUCAUUGACCCCGCCAGAAGCUCCCGAUGGCCAUGUUUACCCUACGGGUGCGAAACUCACCCUUCUGAUGAUCUCCCUCUAUAUUGCCAUAUUCCUAGUUGCAUUGGAUAAACUCAUCAUCUCAACAGCCACACCAUCUAUUACAGAUGAAUUUCACGCCUCAAACAAGAUUGGCUGGUACGCAGCGGCCUACAUGCUGACCAACUGCACCUCCUUACUCAUCUUUGGGAAAAUAUACACCUUUUUGAGUGUCAAAGCCAUUUUCCUCGCGUCGGUUGUUCUGUUCGAGAUCGGCUCCGCUGUUUGUGGCGCGGCCCCAAACUCAGUUGCCUUCAGCAUUGGUAGGGCGAUUGCCGGUCUAGGAGCCGCUGGCGUCCAGGAAGGCAUUCUGGUUCUUAUUGUCUAUGCCGUUCCCCUUGCGAAGCGGCCCCAGUACCAAGGCUUGUUGGGUGCGGUUUAUGGCAUCUCCUCCACUAUCGGUCCACUGAUUGGCGGCGUCUUUACCUCAAACGUCUCCUGGAGAUGGUGCUUUUACGUUAACCUUCCAUUUGGAGGAGUGGUGCUUCUGUUCGUGUUCUUCCUGCUCCAUGUCUCUGGUGGUCCCUCGUCCAAGGAUCCCUCGGUGUGGGAGCAUAAACUGGCACAGCUCAAUUUGGAAGGUGCGGUUACUCUCCUCCCAGGAGUGGGUUGCUUAUGCCUGGCUUUUCAAUGGGGUGGUUUUACCUACAGUUGGAGCAAUGGACGCAUCAUCGCCUUACUUACGAUUGCUUUCGUCUUGUUGGUUGCUUUUGCCUUAAUCCAAAUCUGGAGACCCCAGACAGCCGCGGUACCACCGCACAUCUUCAUCCAGCGAAGCAUCCUCGCCGGCUUCUGGGUAAGCUGCACGGUUGGUGUCCACAUGACGCUGUUCGUAUACUAUCUUCCCAUCUGGUUCCAAUCCGUCAAGGGAAACUCCGCCGUCGAGAGCGGUAUCCACCUACUACCAAUGGUAAUAGCCAUGGUGGUAGCAUCCAUCCUUAGUGGCAUAGGAACAACCAAAUCCGGCUGCUACACUCCCUUCUUGAUUGCCGGCACCUGUAUUGUAUCAGUCGGCUCAGGUCUUCUCACCAUGCUCAAAGUCAACACCACAACCGGGCAAUGGAUCGGGUACCAGGUCGUGUACGGCUUCGGGUUAGGCUGUUGCUUCCAAGUGCCCAAUAUGGCUGCGCAGACGGUGCUUCCACGCAAGGAAGUGGCUAUUGGCGCUUCGCUUAUGCUUUUCGGCCAGACUCUCUUCGGUGCGAUCUUUGUCUCGGUUGGGCAGAAUGUUCUCGACCAGCAUCUGGCUACGCUUCUUGGUCGCAUUUCUGGUGCUAGUAUUACGCCGGAGCAGAUUGAGAGCGCUGGGAUUACUGGGCUUUUGAAGAUUAUCCCAUCGCAGUAUCAUGAUGCUGUUCUGCAGGCUUAUAAUUCCUCCCUGCGGUUAUGCUUCUUGGUUGCCCUCGUCUCUGCUUGUAUUUCUGUCAUUGGCAGUGGUGGAAUGGAGUGGCGCAAUAUCAAGAAGGAAGAGGAUAAGGAGGCGCGAACCGGGGAAUCGAAGGAUCCUGCUAGCGAGAGCACCUAG